AAUUACAAUCAAAGCCAGUCUAACAAAAGGAGCAUCCACAAAGCUAUUUCAGGAAACAAAAUGCUUCGUUUCUACCAGCAUAGCCCACGUAUGAUUCCGGAAGGCAUAAAUCCAAAGGUGCAUAAAAUGUUUAUUACUGCUGAAAAGUACGAACCAAGCAAUUCAAGAACGCUUUCCAAAGAGAGAAGAUCUAGUUCCCUCCAACGUAAAUCUGCUCUCUUUUCCUGUGUCACUGGCCAAAAGCAAACACACUCUCAUGAGAAUUGGUCUCUGUCGCCUGAGGAGUUUGAAAUAUGGGACAGACUUUACAGGAUUAAGGAAAGUGAUGGAGUAAAGGAACCGAUAUUGCCUCAAAUUCGGUUUGAAACCUUAGAAAACCUGGAAGAAAUAUCGCGUGAGGAGGAGGCAACUCAUGAACUUUCCUUGUCGGAAUGGAGCAUUUGGCAGAGUCGUCCUUUCCCUACGUCCAUGGUUGAUCACUCGGAUCGUUGCUACCAUUUCAUCAGCGUCAUGGAAAUGAUAGAACUGAUGAGAAAUGAGCAGGGAGAUUGCAGCUAUGACCUGGAGAUUGAACCUCACUUACGUAUGGAAGACGUUAAUGUUCAAGGGAAUAAAAGUCAUCUUUCCAUAACCAACUCCACGUUUGAUCGGAAAGCAAGCUCAUCUAGAAAAGACAUGGCGCGCAGAUCAAAAGUAAAACCAUUUUUACCUGAUACAAAUGAUAAUGGGAGUGAAUUCUCUUCCACAUUUAAAAUAACAAAAACAAAGACUCCCAAAGGAACUUCUGGAUUAAAUUUGGAAGUGCCUGUGUUGCCUACAGAUAAUAAUACUUCGACUUCUUACUCAGCAAGAAGGCUUGCUCUGGUGGAAAACACUGACCAGGGCAGUCAAAAGGAUGAGGAUCUAGAGGUGACAUUUGACUUAAAUGGAUUUGUUGACCUAUGUGACAACAAUGAAAGUGCUAUAAUUCAUGAUAGUAGUGCAGGAAUAAAGGAAUGCAAAACUACAGAAAAAGCUUGUCAAUCGCUGGGGACGAACCACACGGAUUCAGGUUAUAGUAGCCUCACAGUUGAGAAAUCACCCGUGUCCUCUGACUUAUUUUAUCUUCCUGAAUCAUACGUGGAUUCGUUUGCGCUCGUGAGACCAUCCGAGGAGCUUUCUUCUUUAAAACAAACAUUUUCCCAUGUGAAAAGGCUUUUAUCACAAUCUCCUCCCUCUUGGAAUGAACUUUCUGGUUUUGAAGACAUGAUGAGAAAUGAAGAAACAAUAUGUCCGUUUCAAAAAGUUAUUUCUGGUAAUUACUCAAAGAGACUGCAGGACAAAGUCUUUUCUGUGUCCUCAGACGUGGAUCAUUCAGGUGUUGAUCAUUCAGGUGUUGAUCAUUCACGGCUGCUGUUUGAAAAUCCCGAACCGAAAGCCACCAGUGAAUUGGGUGCUUCUGUAAGUACCUGUUUUUCAAAAACUCUGUCAUCUUCUGAGACUGCUGUUGCUAAAGCCAAGGAGGAACUUCACUGGAAUGACAGCUUUGAUAUGGUGUUUGAUGAUGAAGAAUUCACUGAAAUGCAAAAGAAAUCUCCAACAAUCAAUCACGCUCUGGGAAAUAACCCUUCAAAUAAGAAUUUUGUUCAAAAAGAUAAAGAAAACCUUCAAGUGAACAAGAAAGAUGUGAUUAUCGAUGAAGAGAAGAGGGUACCUUUAUUUGAAGACGGCCACGUUUACGACACAAAUGAUGGAAGUUUUUCUGUGAGCAAUCAGCAUUUAGUCAAGUCAGAUCCAGGUGAGAGGGUGGUCUCUCUCACAGAGCCAGGCUUUGGGUGGCCUCCUUCAGAGGUGUGCUGCGUGAGCGCUGAGCAAACCUGCGAGGAGCCACCAGCAAGCAGUAAAUCCACAACCCUGAAAACGUCAGGUGAUGCUGAUGUGACUGAGCAGUUUCUGGAUCAUGAGGAUCUUUAUGACUGUUCUCAAGAACUGUUUUCUGUUAACUUUGAUCUGGGGUUUUCCUUUGAAGAGUGUGAGAACGAAAUCUUUGAAGAAGAUGUAAAUACUAAUAAUACCAAAAAAUUAAAUUGUGCCUCAGAGAGUCACACAGAUGUUAAAUGCACUGAAAGAACCAGCAGUGAGAGCGAAGAAGAAAUCGUUUUCCAGAGAAAGAAUAGGAAAAAAAUGAAUGUUUUGAAGUCUCCUGAGGUUGUGCGUGACAGCGAUUCCGAGUCGCUGGUUCGUGCCGUCAGGAAACGCCGGCACCCCCUUAACACGUCAGACGUGUCGAGUGAGGACAGCGCGGAUUUUCACAAGAACUCAAGCAGGACCCCAGGUGGCAGCUCAGCAGCCCGUGACAGAAACCAGCGGAGAGGGGCCAAACGGCGGAAGGUCGGGAGCAGUUUUGCCUACAAGAACGCAGCAAGAGAGUUUUUAGAUGAAGAAGCGGAGCUGUCCCAGCAAGAUGCAGAUGGUCUUUCAUCUGAUGAGAGUGAUGAUGCAGAGAACGAGCUGAACUCUUCUCUUGCUCAGUUCCUGAAUGAUGAUGAAGAGGUCACACAAGUGUUAAAUGACUGUGAGAUGAAAGGAGUUUACCUGAAAUCCGUGCGCAGUCCGGCUCUUGGCAACAGGUACAAAAUGGUUCACCGUGAAUUCAACAACGUGGCCAUUUUCUCACAGAUUCCUGAGCAAGACCAGACGUACGCAGAAGACAGUUUCUGUGUUGGGGAGGAGGAAGAGGAAACUUGCCAAAAAAGUGAAUCUAGCGAGGAGGAAGUGUGUGUUAAUUUUGAUCUCCUAAAUAACGAGAGUUUUACUAGUGGGAGGAAACAAUACCUCACUCGCCGUAGAAAAAAAUUGAACCAGGCCAGGGUGGAAGAGAACCAGUCUGCCCCAGUGCAAAAGAAGAAACCAUCCCGAAUUAUUGUCCUCAGUGAUUCCAGCGGGGAAGAAACAAGUGUCAGCAAGGAGAAGCCGACGAAAGCAGGCGGUGUGAGGGCAGGACAGGACAAUGCUCCAUCACCCAAGUCAGUGCCUUCCAUCCCUUCUGGGCAGCACGGAGCAGUCACUGGGGCAGCUGGUGUUCGGCAGCCGGAGGAGAGGACCAGGGAGGUGCUUCUCAGCCUGAAGGCUUCAGUGUCUGAGACGCUGGAUUUUCACCCAGAGCACCGAGUCAGGAGCACCAGCUUUCCACCAGCUGUCACUGGUUCCGAUUUGGGGAAGGAGGAUCUCCAGGCUCCCAAGGAGGUGGAAAGUUCUUUGAAGAACACCCGCAGGAGCACUUCAGCACCAUCUGGCACUGCUCCCACGAAACCCUCCUCAGCUACAGCUCUGUUUUCACGGGACCCUCCGGAGAAGAAGCUUUCACUCUGUGUUCUGGUAGACACUCAUGAGAUCUCCUCUGGACCAGAGGUGAUUUCUUCCUUGAAGGCAGCUCACGGAGUAAGGGUGCAGGUUUGCUCGCUGAGCAGCAGCGAUUACGUCGUGAGCAACCGCAUGGCCGUGGAAAGGAAGUUUCUGUCGGAAUUACUGAACUCUGUGAACAGGAGCAAAGUCACCCAGCGGAUCCAGCGCCUGCAGAGCAUGUUUGAGAGAAUAUGUGUGAUUGUGGAAAAGGACAGGAUUAAACCAGGAGAAACGUCCCGGUUUUUCCAGAGGACGCAGUACUACGACGGUGUGCUCUCCGCCUUGGUGCAGGCCGGGGUCCGCGUCCUUUUUAGCUCUUGCCAAGAGGAAACUGCCGGUUUGCUGAAAGAGCUGGCGGUGGUGGAGCAAAGGAAGAACGCCGCCAUUUGCGUGCCGACGGAGGUGGAGGGCCACAAACGGGAAAUGCUCAACUUCUACUUGAGCAUUCCCAACCUCAGCUACCUGGCUGCUCUCAAUCUGUGCCAUUACUUCGGCUCCGUGAAGCAGAUGGCCAACAGCUCCCCGCUGGAGAUCGCCACCGGCGCCCAGGUCAGCCCGCAGAAGGCGGAGGAGAUCUACCGCUACCUCCACUACGGCUUCGACGUGCAGAUGCUGCCCGAGCACCUCUGUGCCAAGGGCAGGAGCGCUGCAGCUGCCAACAGCUGA